AUGGGCUGCUGCACCGGGCGCUGCACGCUGAUCUUCCUCUGCGCGCUGCAGCUGCUGGCUGCAUUAGAGAGGCAGAUCUUUGACUUUCUUGGCUUCCAGUGGGCUCCUAUUCUUGGCAAUUUUCUACAAAUAAUAAUUGUCAUAUUGGGUUUGUUUGGAACCAUCCAGUUUAGGCCUCGAUACAUAGUUGUGUACACGGUGUGGACUGCCCUCUGGGUCACCUGGAAUGUUUUCAUUAUCUGCUUCUAUUUGGAAGUAGGCGGGCUUUCUAAGGAAACUGAUCUCAUGACCUUUAACAUUUCAAUGCACCGUUCCUGGUGGCGAGAGCAUGGGCCAGGCUGCAUACGGAGAGUGGUGCACCCUUCAGCCCCUGGGAUCCUAGACGAUUACUCCUAUGUCUCUGUGACGGGCUGCAUCAUUGACUUCCAGUAUCUCGAGGUCAUUCACAGCGCCAUCCAAAUAUUACUGUCUUUGAUUGGUUUUGUGUAUGCCUGUUACGUGAUCAGUGUUUUCAUGGAAGAAGAGGACAGCUUUGAUUUCAUAGGUGGACUUGACACAUACUGCUAUCGGCAACCCCCCCUGGAACAUGUUGAGUUAAAGCCUGUAAAGCCUGUCGAACUAAGUAAUGAACAUUGACUCAGCACUGCUGCUGUUGCUGAAGAAGCAGCCUUCAGAAGAAAAGACCAACGUUGUGAACCAUUGUCACAGAAGUGACACGUCCUAUAUUUCUCACCGAGUGUGUGGAUUGCU